GAGGGAAAGAUGGAGAGUAGCAGAGAGAAGUGGAGCAGUGAGGCAGUGAGGUGUAGAAACGCACACAGAGACACCACACCUUCGAGCGGAUGAACGACAGAGCGAACAGUAAAGAGAAAGAGGACAGGGAUGAUAAAGAACCAGAAGGAAACUGAUAAAGGACAUAAAGAAGGACGGAAGGAUGGACUGAAGACCAGGAGAUUGAAGUAAUUCGGACUACACACUCUCUAUUUCUCUAAGAAGAAAGGCACAAAAGAGAGAGAGAGAGAGAGAGAGAGAGAGAGAGAGAGAGAGAGAAAACAAGAGGAAGAAACAGUUGAAAGAAAGACGAGGGGAAUCCCUCCUUCGUCUAUUUACCCUAUGGGGUAGUUCAGGCUAAUCCGAAGCCCCCCUCGACUCAGAGGAUGGAGUGAGUAGAGAAAAGGGGGUCCAGACAGACAGACAAAGAGAGACAGAGACACGGCGACAGGAAGGCAGACGGGUCGUGUGUCACCAUGCCGGUGAUGAAGGGGCUUCUCGCCCCACAAAACACUUUCUUGGACACCAUCGCUACUCGCUUCGACGGCACCCACAGCAACUUCCUGUUGGGGAACGCUCAGGGUCACCGUGGUUACCCCAUUGUGUACUGUUCGGACGGGUUCUGUGAGCUGACGGGCUUCGCCAGGACAGAAGUAAUGCAGAAGAACUGCAGCUGUCGCUUCCUGUAUGGCUCGGGGACGAGCGAGCAGGUGGCACAGGGCAUGGAGAAAGCACUGGAGAGUAAAGAGGAGUACCAGGCUGAGGUCCAGUUCUACAAGAAAGAUGGAACGUCGUUUUGGUGUCUGCUGGAUAUCGUUCCCAUAAAGAACGAGAAAGGAGAGAUGGUGCUUUUCCUGUUCUCCUUUAAAGACGUGACUGACACGCACGGGAAGAGCCACCAGGGCGGCAGGAGAGACGAUGACAAACACAGGAAGAGCAGCAGCUCUCGGUUCGUCGCGGCUCGAAGGCGUGGCCACUCCGUCCUCAGCCAAAUCACCAGCCAGUUCAAACGCGGAGGACAGAACGACGUCAACCUCAGCGGCAACAUGUUCGAGAAGCCGUCGCUGCCGGAGUACAAGGUCGCAGCGGUGCAGAAAUCCCGCUUCAUCCUGCUGCACUACAGCGUAAGUAAGGCAUUGUGGGACUGGAUGAUCCUCCUGGCAACGUUCUAUGUGGCCGUGACGGUGCCGUAUAACGUGUGUUUCACGCCGUACGUCGACUCGGACACGGAGGGCAGGAGCACUAUCGUCUCAGACAUUGCGGUGGAGAUGCUGUUCAUCCUCGAUAUCAUCCUGAAUUUCCGCACCACUUAUGUGAGUCAGUCCGGUCAGGUGGUUUAUGACUCGCGCUCCAUCUGCAUCCAUUACGCCGCUACGUGGUUCUUCGUUGACCUGGUCGCCGCGUUGCCCUUCGACCUCCUCUACGCCUUCAACGUCACUGUAACAUCCCUGGUCCACUUGUUGAAGACGGUACGUCUGCUACGGCUGCUGCGUUUGCUUCAGAAGCUGGAUCGUUACUCUCAGUACAGCGCCAUGGUGCUCACCCUCCUCAUGUCCAUGUUCGCCCUGCUCGCUCACUGGAUGGCCUGCAUCUGGUACGUCAUCGGACGCAAAGAGAUGGAACGCAACGCUAACCAGCAAGACUGGGACAUUGGUUGGCUGCACGAGCUGGGAAAGCGCUUGGAGAGCCCGUACAUCAACAGUACAUUCGGAGGUCCGACCAUACGUAGCGCCUACAUCGCGUCGCUCUACUUCACCCUCAGCAGCCUCACCAGUGUCGGAUUCGGGAACGUGUGCGCUAACACCGAUGCUGAGAAAAUCUUCUCUAUCUGCACCAUGCUGAUCGGAGCUCUCAUGCACGCAGUGGUGUUUGGAAACGUGACGGCCAUCAUCCAGCGCAUGUACUCGCGUCGCUCACUGUAUCACACGCGCAUGAAGGACUUAAAGGACUUCAUACGCGUCCAUCGGUUGCCGCAGCAACUGAAGCAGCGUAUGCUGGAGUAUUUCCAGACCACGUGGUCCGUGAACAACGGCAUCGACGCUAACGAGCUCCUGCACGAUUUUCCGGAUGAGCUCCGGGCCGACAUCGCCAUGCACCUGAACAAGGACAUCCUGCAGCUUCCUGUGUUCAAGGGCGCGAGUCGCGGCUGCCUGCGCUCGCUAUCGCUGCACAUCAAGACCUCGUUCUGCGCCCCGGGCGAGUAUCUGAUCCGCCAGGGAGACGCGCUACACGCUAACUACUUCGUCUGCUCGGGAUCACUGGAGGUGCUUAAGGACAGCAUGGUGCUCGCGAUACUGGGAAAGGGCGACUUGAUUGGCUCAGACCUGCCAGGGGAGGAUCAUGUGAUUAAGACAAAUGCGGACGUUAAAGCGCUGACAUACUGCGAUCUGCAGUACAUCAGCGUUAAAGGGUUGAGGGAGGUGUUGGAGCUUUACCCCGAAUAUGCCAACGUGUUCACUGCUGACAUCCACCACAACCUCACCUACAACCUGAGAGAGGGAAGUGAGGCCGAGGGGCUUGCGAGGUUCGCACGUUCUCCAAGGUUCCCUCACAACAAUCGAGCGGACUCGAGAGCGUCGAUCGACGGAAAGCACUCGUGCAUGAUCGAAACGAGUGGAGAAGGUGAAGAACAUGCACACCUUUCCCCUGCGUCGAGAUCCCGCCGGAACCUGCUCCUCCCGAACCUGGGGAACCUGCUGGGCGACGAGCUGCGGCAGUUCAAUGCCCUGCGCCGCUGCCGGUCCCCAGUGAGAGGAGCCUGCCGCAGCGUCUCUCCCAAACCACACCCCAAAACCGAGCAUCUUUUGCACGAGGGCCGUCCCGCCGCUCACGAGGGAUUCACCGCCACACGCAAACCCAACAAACUCCACAUUCCUACAUUCAGCUGCAUCGCCCCACCUGACCUCAGCCCGAGGGUGGUUGAUGGGAUCGAGGAUAAUGGACGUGUGUUUCACUUCAGCACCGAGGACAGCACCAUCAUCACCAGUACAGCAAAAGAUCAGGGGCACGGCACGCCGCUUCACGAGUCCGAAGAGGUGCGAGAGACCAUCAGUCAACUGAACAACAAGAUGGUCACCCUGAACCAAGAAGUGUCUCAGCUGACCAAGGACCUGCAUCACAUGAUGCACCUUCUGCAAGCACAAGCAGCUGCUCACCAUUACACCACCUCCAUGUCCUCCUACCCCUACGGAGUGCACAUGAUGCACACAAACACCGCGGCGUACACCGCCGGCGUGCACGCCCACCAGGAGGCUCAAGGUCAUUAUCGUCCUCAUAACCAUCUUCACUCUGAUCACGCUGCGUCCGAGAACAUCGUCCACAUGGGGACAAGCACAUGGAGCCACGCUUCAGAAUUCGGUGGAGAUCGAACCGGUGUGCCCAAGCAACCCGAAGUUUUCAGACCCCUUCCUCAUUUCGAUCCUAACAGAUCCUGUGAUCCUACUUCCUGUAAAUCGAGCUUGAUCAACAUCAACUCCUCUACUUCAUCCUUCUUCCCUGCAAAAGGAUUUAACAAACUGGAAGCAGAAGGUCAGGAUCACGGCAUCCUCGCUAACAUCAGUCGCUCUCAACCCGUCCUGUUCAACCGGGACACGCCGAACCAAGUGUCUCUAAACCUCCAUUUACUCUCCAGUGCUCCGACGUCCACUCAAUCCCUGCUAAUCGCUAAUCUCACAAAUCCAAUCCACCACAACCCUCCUGCCACUAGCAAACCAAAUCCGGAGUCGGAUCCUGACAUUCCGGAUACGGUCCUGGAGGACGUUAGCGAGUACCGGGAAGACGAUGUCCUGCUGUCAGAUUUGAGCAUCGUGGGACACACGAGUCGCGAGUGCCUGCUAGCGGACGACGGAUCUGCGGACAACCAGGAAAUAGAGACUUCCGAAUCGGAAUCUACCAAGCCUGAUGUUGGGACGCAAAACGAAUGCAGUAGCUCUGAAACGUCCUUGUGCCUCGACCUGAUGGACUGACAGGACGUUUAUCUCAGAUGUUUGCAGUGAUCUCUUUUGUUUCUUUUUUUUUUUUAAGGGAUUGUCUUCUUUCCAUCAUGCCCGUGCAAAUAACUUAAUAACUAUGCAAGACGCAUGUUGAUUGUGCAUUAUUCCUUAUUUACUCGAUCGCUAUACCACAUACGAAUAGCUUGUCUUUAAAGUUACGCACAGCCGAGUCCAAAAGUCUUCGUAAAUUUCGAAUCAGGGAAAAAAAUACAUUUCGCAUUGUCCUUUUAAAUGUUUUGAGCCAAUUAAAAAAACGGUGAAAUGAUCCAAUCCGAUUGGAUACUGGUGCAGACAAAAGUUGGUGGCCAUCUCACCAUAUGGUUGGCGUGUUGGAUUUAUGAACAUCCCAUUCAACAUUUAAUCCCCUUUUACUGUUAUUAUGAGUUCCACCAUUCUGGCAAUAUGUUCCACUAGAUUUUAGAGGGUGUUGGUGGAGAUUUGUGUGAGACUUUUUUUCAGCCACAAGGGUCUUAGUAAAGGAAGGUACUGAUGUAGGUGAGGUGAGGUGAGGUGAGGUGAGGUGAGGUAAGGAGAGGAAGCCUGGGGUGCAGCCAACACAUCAAAUCAUUACAAAGGUGUACAGUAGGGUUGAAGUUCAGAGCUCAAUUGCAGGAGAUCUUCCAUCAUAUCCAACCCAUGUAAAGCCGAUUUUAUUGGCGCUGGUUUUGUCUUGCUGGAAUAUGUUUGGGGUCCCAUAGUUCAACCCGAAGGGUAAAUUUAAUGAAUCCUUUAUAAUCACUGCUGCAGCCCGAGUUCGAUCCCCGGUCAGGGAACCAACCCCAGCCAUUAGGGUUGCACAAAUCUUAGUGCCGGUCCCAAGCCCGGAUAAAUGGGGAGGGUUGCGUUAGGAAGGGCAUCCAGCGUAAAGACAUGUGCCAAAUCAAAACAUGCGGAUGAUCCGCUGUGGCGCCUCCUAAUGGGAGAAGCCGAAAGAAAGUUAGUUACUUUCAUAGAUGAUUGCAAUCCGAACAGUUAUUGGAUAUUAAAAACGGUUUGCUCAUAUCAUCAUUUGGGGAAAAAAAGAAGAUCGCUUACACACAGUACAGAGAUUUAAGCAAAUAAAUACAAAGACAGCAAAUGUAGCUAAUAAUUAUUAUGAAAGUUCAGUAAAUUUGUGUAAAAGUGUAGCAGCAUUCAAUAUAAAAAUCUCAUUCGACUUUGAAUUUCAAACACAUUUUAUUUUGAGGUUUCCCCAUAAAUAUCAGCGACUUUUGGACUCGAUUGUGUUUGCAGUGGUGAACUGUCAGGGUGUUUAUUAAAUCUUUUUCGGGCAUUUAAAUAAAAGAACGUGGAUUGCCGACGGAAAAAAACGAUCCGCCUCGUAGCAUUUUUGAUGGUAGCAUUCGUUCCAAGUGAAUCCAUAAUAGUUUGCUUGUUAGAAACUUCUCUCUCUCUUUUUUUUCUUUCUGGUCGAAUCUAUGUUCUGCAUUUCUUCUUGCCUUCGUGCAUGGUAAAGUUUAUCGUUCUUUUUUCCUAAGGAAAAGGUAUCAAACGAAAUGUGUUCGCAUUACAAAUGUUUCGAAAGAAAAGGCUACGUAAAAUUUAGCACGUGCGCCGUCGGAACGCUUUUCUUUUUAAAAAAAUUAAUAAAUAAACGAAUCAAUCGAACAUUUCGGACAAUUUUCGGUUCAGAAAACACGAUCCAAGAACGAUCACGAAAAUCUGGAAAAAGAACCUACAAUUACUCCUUUGUUAUUGGGAUGAUCCAGUGUGAGUGUGUGUGUGUCCGUGUGUGUGUUUGUGUGUGUGUGUGUGUGUGUGUGUGUGUGUGUGUGUGUGUGUGUGUGUGUGUGUGUGUGUGUGUGUGUGUGAGAAAUGCUGCAGCUUACACGGUUUCACAUUUGCCUAAGUGUGUAUUUUACACCCAUGAAUGAUUCAUGAGGAAUUGUUAGCGAUGAGCGAGGACAUGGUGAAAGAACAUCAGGAAUAGUGGAAAUUAUGCAACACACACACACACACACACACACACACAUAUGCACACAGUUGGUCGUGCAGAAUCGGGGGAGGGGGUAUGUUGCAAUUCAAUUCUAGUUCCUGCGAAUAUUUUGAAAUAAAUCUGAAUGAAAAAAAAAUGUAUAUAAUAAAUAUAUAAUGUUAAUUAUAAUAUUUAAAUAUAUUAAUGAUAAUAUAUAAAUAUAUUAUAAAUUCUAAAGAAUUUGGUUAUGGGAUUUCCGCUGAAUGUGACUGCGUUGGGCAGCUAAUGUCAUUUUAUUCCCUUUAAAAUGUGAAUUUUAAUUGAAUGAAUCAGUAUGAAGUAAUACAACACUAUUAUUUAUUUAUUUAUUUAUUUAUUUAUUUAUUUAUUUAUUUGUUUAUCUAUUUGUCUAUUUAUUCAGUCGUUAAAUCGAUCUUUUAUUUAUUUAUUUAUUUCAUCAUUACUGUGCUCAUGUUAUCGAAUUUGUUUUUUCUGUUCACACAUUUGUGUAUUAAUUCAUUUCCCCGUUACAAAUCUGACACACACACAUAUAAACACUUGUCGGAAACGUGAAAACGCCUCUGUCAAUUUCGCAAGACUUGCGCGUGUUGCUUUCGUUUAAACUCCACGAUUUUUCCCCUCGACCAGACAAAUCUUUACAUUUCCAGAUGUUUUACUUUAUUUUCAUUCAAUGAAGAACAUCUUUACACACUUUUACACACUCACCAAAGCUGUUUUUCCCUAGCUGGAGAUUUUCUUCUUCAUCCCAGAGCAGUUUCAGUAGAAUUGAGGUGCAGUGACUGGGCAGGUCAUGAUAGACAUCACUCCAGACGACUCGGAUGUACGCUUCGGCUCGUCGUGUGGUUGUCUGGUUCCAGUGAGCCGCAGUCCAGACGGAACUGCGCGGUGCUGAAAUGUGGGACAGGAGCCGUGUUGGUUCAGGAUUCCUUUUAUUUUACGGAACCUUCCCUGCUCCAACACAACCCCAAAACUUUAAGAUUCCACCUCCCUGUGUCACCGUAAGGGGUGAAGGAGUCUGAAAGAUCUGUUUGAACCAAAAUUGUCAGAAACAGAACUUUCUUCCAUUCAGUCACUGUCCAAUUCUUGUGUGUUUUCUCCGUUUAAUCAGAAAGAAGUCUCAAAACCAUUGGUGUUCCCAAAUUUCUCACAAUCUCUGUAUAAUUUACAGAGGUGACACAUCACAACAAGGAAUACUUAAAUUAUUAUUAUUAUUAUUAUUAUUCUGUCUGAUGAUGAGCUUCAUCUCUGUACUCUAAACCCAAUGGUAUUUGCACAUGUUGCAUAUUUAUUCUCUGAGAAAGCGCAUAUACACAUAUACACUCUUCUGUGUGUGUCAGUUGUGCAUGACGAGCAUUUCCCCCUCUAUGCAUUCUGUUUGGUUUUCGAGCAUGAAACAUCAUGAAAAUUCAAGAAAUUAAUAAAACCACAAACCUUUGUUACAAUAUUUAAAGAAAUUGUAAGUUUGUCAACGAA